AUGAGCACCUCCGUCCUCAAAGCUCUGGGGUGGGAAAAUCGCUCAGGAGGCUGGAGGAGCCUGCGUCCCUCGGGCCGCAGGGCCGCCUUUCUGAUCCGUACCCUGCUCUCCCUGCGUCGUUACACGUCACAAUCUCGUUGUAAACCCCGCACCCUCUGGCCUGCCGAGCGGCCCCUCCAGCCCCACUUGGAGCUCGGGUCCCUGUCUCCCCGGUGGGCCCUCGACCCCCGUCAUGGUCCUCCCCUGCACGGGCCCCCCAGCCGGGAAACGCCAGCUGUUCUCACGUCCCUGCGCCGUGUGCCUCCCCGCCUCCGGGUUCUCGCUCAGGCUGGAGCGGCCUCGCCCACAGCUCUGCAAGGCCGGUCUGGCUUUGCCCUACUGCCUGCAGGAGUCCAAGUCCUCCGGACCCGCCUCUACCCGGACCAUCACCAGGCCCACACCUUUGCCUCCUUCCUGGCUCCUGCGUCACCCCACAUCGUCGCGCUCCAGAACCCUCCAUCACGCCUCGCUGGCUUCCUGGCCUCUGCCGUUCCCCGCUCCAACCCAGAGCGGCUGUUUCUGACGCAUCUGACCGUCUCUUUCCGGCCCUCGGGGCCUUCCCACUGUCCCCUCCACCCCUCAGCAGCUGGUGCUGCCAUCAUGACAAACUAUCUACAUGGCGUUCUUCUGAGCCAGGUGGCUGCGCCCCCCACCUGCCCCACUUCACCCCGACCCCGAUCCGAUCAUUACCUGGUCCCUCCGCUGGGCACGGACGUGGCCGGAGCUGGACGCCUGGAACCCCAGAGUGGAAGCAACGUGCCCGGGAUCACCUGGAGGUACGUGUGGACACGGCGGCUGGAGGAGGAGCUCCCGGGAGGACCGCUUUCCGGGGCUUCCUGUCCGGAGGCGCGACUGAGUUGGCACGCUUCUUCCGAGCCUUCCCCGAGGCCGGCUGUAUUCUCGUUGGCGCUGACGAUGCUGUCUUGA